GAUCAGCCACUUGACCAAGUUGAUCCAAUGAUGGCGCUCCAACGACCAUUUCGCUUUGAGAAGUUCUACCUCCUCUGAUCCAACUAGUUGCCGAUCCAAGAAGUCCAAGUGGUGGUAAUUGUUGAGGUGUAGGUGGAGUAACAGGAGAUGAUGAAAUCGAGUAUGCAUAAACUGAAAAUGUAAAUGAAAGGAUUCCUGCUCCUGUGAGUAAGUUUUUGGCUCGGAAUGGUGCUCUUGCUCUUUGUAAACCUAAAGAACAACCAACCAGUUUUGUCAAAUUAGAGUGGUACAUGGGAAUUUCUUGGGAUUCAAAUUUUCAUACAGUUCUUACCUUGGCUCAUUCGACCUGAUGCCCAGUAGGUAUCCCGUUUUUCUCUGUGGUUCAAAGUACUGCCCAUCUUGUUCGAUGUUGUGGUGUUUCUUGGGUGGAGCUGGUCGUUUGUAUCAUGCAACCAGGAAGAAGUCGCGAAGGGUUUCUUUGAAAUUUACAAAACCGUCAAGACCUCCCUUAAGCCAUGCUACAAGUGGUGAAGGGGUGGGAACAAGGCACGGUACGGUACCGAUGGCAGCUACUAGUUACAACUUACAAGCGAAGUUUGUCCUGGGACCUUGAACAACCCAAACUCUAGCUUCUCCAAUCCCCUUUCUCCACCUCAUCAACUUCCAUCCACAUUCACAUCCAUCCAUCAUCACACCAACUAACACUCACAAAAACAUCACUUCAAACAUCAUCAUGACUACUGUAGCAUUCCCUUCUCGAAAACCACAAACACCCAAGGAAGCUGUCUUUCGUCAAGAUUUGAACGUUCGCUUGGGAUGUCCUGAUUGUAGAACUUAUAAGCUGGUUGAAGAGUUUUCAUCCGGUGAUCUCGUCUGCGGUACUUGCGGUCUUGUCAUCGGUGAUCGUAUUGUUGAUACUCGCUCUGAGUGGAGAACGUUUGCUGGUGAUGAAGGAGACGACCCUUCCCGUGUCGGAGGUCCAAGUAACCCACUCUUGAAUGGUGUGGAAACUUUCGAGACCAUCAUUUCUUUCAAGGAUGGUAAUACUGGGGUCGCCCGUGAUUUGAACCGAGCCGCUACUCGUGCUGCUACGAAAAGUGGAGAGAAGAGUGUGGCCGCUGCCUUUUUGUCUAUCCAAGACAUGUGUGAUACCAUCAGUCUGCCACGUACGGUCACUGAUAUUGCUAAGCAACUCUUCAGAAGGGCAGAUGAAGAGAAAUUGUUGAGGGGUAAACAAAUCGACGCGGUUAUUGCUGCUUGCAUCUUUAUCGCUUGUCGACAAUCUAAAGUAGGACGAUCCUUCAAGGAGGUAGUCGCACUCACCCGAGUACCCAAGAAACAGAUCGGCCAAUGCUUCAAGGCUCUCUCUGCUGCCUUCGAGACUUCAGCUGUUGGUGGGGGUGGAGCCCUGAACACCGAUACUGGCGAGUCUAGCGGGGCUGGAGCUGAAGACCUCAUGGCUCGAUUCUGUAGUCAUCUUGGGUUACCAUACUAUGUUCAGAGUGGAGCAAAGCGGAUUGCAAUCACUCAACGUGAAAUUGGAAUCCUUGCUGGUCGUAGUCCGAUCAGUGUAGCAGGUGCUUGUAUUUAUUUUGCAAGUCAUUUGUUUGGAUGUGGAAAAAGUGCGAAGGAUAUUGCAAAGAUUGCAGGUGUUAGUGAGGUGACGAUCAAGAUUGCUUACAAGCUACUUCAUCCUCAACGGGAGGAGUUGGCAGAACCAGAAAAGUUGGCAAAUGGAACCUGUUCAUUAGAUCGUUUGCCUGCUCCUUAAAGGUUUUUUAAAUCCCAUCUUGGACGUUUUCUCUUUGUUUUUGUUAAUCAUCUAUACAUGAGUGUUGAGUGAAAUAUGUGUUUCUUGAACUUUUAAUAAAUGGUUUAUACCUGUACGAGUUUUGUACGACGUUACACUUUUAAUGAAGUGGACGUUUGUCUCUUUUUUGAAUGAUGAAAGUUGAUGAUAUUUGAAGUUUUUAUUUGUUCUUACAUACAUAUGUAUAUCCUUUGUUUUGAAACGUAAAGUGUUUUUGUUGGUUUGAUUUGUAAGGUUGAGAGUCUUAUGAUCAUGU